AAAUCCAAACAGCACCCGGAAUUCUGUCCUUUGGGCGCUCACUGGCACCCACACACAGACACCCAAUUCCUACAAGAACUAGAGAGAGAAAGUAGAGAGAGAAACCAAAAAAAUAAAAAAGGAAUUUAAAACUCUUCCAUCUUCUUCUUCCUAACUUUGCUGCUGCUGCUUCUUCUUCUUGAUUUUUCUGAGGUCACCGUAUAUUGUAUUUCUUAUAUUGUAUUAAUUAAUUACUCGUGUUAUAUUUCCUAUCACAAAUCACAAUUCAUUAGAUUAUAAUACAUAUUCAAUAAUAUUCAUUAUUACUUCUAAUUCCAAUUUUUUUUUAAAACCCAAAAUUUGUCGAAAUCCCAAUACCCAAUAACCCUUCAAAGGAGGAAUUUUCUGGGUUCGAGACGAGCUUCAAUUUCAGAUCUGUAGAUUUAUCCGACAUAAAUUGGUGGGGUCAGUUGUAAAUAAAGAGUGGGUUGGAAUGGAUUUGGAUGAAUUCAAAGCGAUAUUGGGGAAUUCAGGGGUUGAUAUUUGGGGAUUAAUAGAAACUGCAAUAAAGGUAGCAUCUUUAGAUUAUGGGGAUGAACUUAGAGUUCGAAGAGAUGGUAUUGUUGAAAAAUUAUACACAAAUAAUUCUCAUAACUUUGAGACACCUUUUAAUACUAAUAAUAAUAAUGAUGGUUUUGCCACUAAUGCUGUGGUUGAGGCUGUUUUUGGGAGUGAGAGAGGAGGGAUGAUUACCCGGAAAUCAAAUUCGCCAUCAACACCAGUUUCCAUCGGUGGCGGCGAUGAUGAUGAGGAGGAGGUGGAUGUGGUGGAGGAGGAACAGGAGCAGGAGCAGCCUGAUAGAAGGUUUGUUGAGAAUGCGGAUGAGGAAGAUGAAGAUGAUGAGCUUAGGAGGAUUCUAUCUGUCAAAGAACAGAUUGAAGACCCUAACCAGUCUGAGGAUUCACUGGUUGAUUUGCUUCAAAGUUUAGCUGAUAUGGAUAUUACAUUCAAAGCUCUUAAGGAAACUGAUAUUGGAAGGCAUGUGAACCGAUUGAGGAAACACCCGUCUGGCGAUGUUCGGAGAUUAGUUAAAGUGCUAGUCAGAAAAUGGAAGGAUUUAGUUGAUGAAUGGGUUAAGUUAAACGUGCCUGGUGAGGUCCAAUCCUCCAACAAUCUUAUUGUGGACGGAGACUCGCCUCUGCAAACUGUUUCGAGGAAUCACCAAAACGGAAAUCACAAUCAGGUUCCUGAUUUCGCUUACUCUCCAAAUCCACACAAUGGAAGUUAUGGAUCCGAUAAGAAUAAUUCGGAGUUUGAACCUAAGAGAAAAGGUCCUCUCCCUCCUCCCCGUAGAGAUCCUCCAGCGAAGCCCAUGAAGAGCGCUUCUCCAGCAUCAGCUCCUCCUCCCAAUAGGCAGAAAGAGGUGCAAAUUGACCCAGAUAGAUUGGCUUCUGCUAGGAAAAGGCUUCAGGAAAACUACCAAGAAGCUCAAAAUGCCAAAAAGCAAAGAACAAUCCAGGUGAUGGACAUCCACGAGAUACCAAAACCCAGGAAUUCCUUCUUUGGAAGAAACAAAGGUGGCUUUCAGAGGCACUAGUCAGCUCGUCGUGUUCUUGACAUAAUAAGAGAGCUACAAAAGAUUAUAGAGAAACAAACACACCUUUACACACAGAGAGGCUUUCUGAACCAAAUAGGAAGAAAACCUGAGAAGGAAAGUAAUGGUUUUUCCGUUGUCCCGCACAUCUUUUUGAGUUAUUUUUAUUUUCAAGGAACAAUGUUCCCCUUUUUGAUGAUUCCCCCCAUCAAUAAUUCUUAGUAAUUUGUCAAAGGAUUUACAAUAAUUAAGCUGUGGACUGAGUUGAGUAAGGGGGUUUCCCAAGUAGUGGUUUUUUACUGGUUUGUACAAAGUGUGAAACUUCCUUGUUACCAUAGAAUUUUGUUAGGA